AAGAGAGCCAUGGACUCGGCCCACCGAGCCGCCCUGCUCGCGGCCUCCUGCCUCCACACGCCGGUAGACCCGCGCACCAGGGCACCGGUCGCGCUUUACGAGAGGGAGACCGGAAGGGCCGCGCCGGGGGGCGGCGAGCGGCAGGAUAGUUUGAGUCCUGAGAGACAGCAGCGUUCUACUGGGCAUGCCGAUUGCAGAGACUGGAUAGACCUCUCCAAAAUGUACCUUUCAAAUCAAGAAUAUUAUUUAAAGCUGGAAGAGCUUAAGUACGCUCACCUGGAGACCAUGGCAAAAUUGGAAAACAUGUAUCGGAAUAAACUGUAUCUAAAAGAUGUUCAACCUUUAACAAAUGAGGAUGUGACCCAUAGUAUGAAUGACAGAUCUUGGGAGCCAAGCCCUUUUCAACCUCAGAAUAUGUGUAAAUCAUUUUCCGAGUCUGAUUUGAACAAUUCUUUUCAUUCAGAUUUAUCUCAUAUAUCUGAUAAAGCAUUAGAGUUAGAAGAAAAUGACAUUGAAGACAGAUCACUAACAUUUGGUAAGGAGCAAGCUGAAAAUUCAUGGGAUGGGUCGUCUUUGGAGGACUAUUCUCACUGCAACCAAAGUAUUUUAUCCAAAUUACAGACUUUGAGGAAGAGCAGGAGGAAGAAAAAAAAGUGGUCCCCAAAGAUCACAAUACCUGAGCCUUUUCAGAUGACUAUCAGAGAAGCCAAGAUAAAACAACUGAACAUAAAGUCAAAGUCACUGAUUGAACUGGAAAAUAACUUGCUGAAGAAAGAAUUGGAGGAGGAAGCAGAAUGUCAAAAGAAAUUCCGAGCCAAUCCAGUGCCUGCUUAUGUCUUUGUCCCUCUCUAUCAUGAUAUUAUGCAGCAAAAUGAAGAACGUAGAAAGUCACUAAGAGAGAGGAGGCAAGCGGUCCUUCUAGCUACACAAAAGCCAUUUCAGUUUAUUGAGCGGGAAGCACAAAAGAAAGAAAUGAAGAAAAUGCAGUUGAAGGACGUUUCUUCACCAGAAAAGAAAGCAAAAGUAUUCAAAGCAAAGCCAGUUCCUAAAUUUGUUUAUAGUUCAGAAAUUAAUGAGAAGCUAAAGGAAGAAGAGCUUUAUAGAGAUAUUAGAAUUCAGAUGAGAUCAGAAGAGCUUCUGCGCAAUUCGUCUCUCCCUAACAGCAGGUUAGGAAACAGAGGCAUUAAUAAGAAUGGGCAGCAAAAUCAUCUUGAGCUUACUAAAGAAGUGGAACACAAACCAAAGACAAAAGCCAAGGUCCCAGAUUUUGAAAUUUUACAUCAAAAAUUCCUGAAGCGGCUUCAGAGACAGAAGAAUGUGAAACACAUUACAGCCUGCGAACCCUUCAACCUCUGUACACCAAAUAUAGCAUCCAACAAAGAGAAAAUUCUUGAGGACAUUCAAAUGGAUGAAGAACAAUUAAAGGAAACACGCUGGCCCUAUGCUUCUUCAAGAGCCAAGCCUCAAAUGAGGUCUUUGAAUGCAAAUUCAUCUCCUUCAGGCUGUGAAGAAUCUGUAUCUCCAAGAAUUACAGAAUCUACAAGACGACGACUACAAGCAGUCAGGGAGUCAGCUGAGGAAAAAAGGAAGGUAGAAGAAGAGAAGAAGAAAAAUAGAACAAAACAAAAAGAAAGAGCAAGAAAGCUACAGAGACUUAUAUACACCCGGGCUGAGGCAAAUGAUCCCCAUCAAAGUCUAGCUCAGAUGCAUAAAUCGAAGUUUAAAAUACUCAGGAAACAUGAAAAGCAGAGAAUGAAAGAAUAUCUCCAGGAGCUGGAAGAAAUGGAAGAAAGGGUGAAAAAGAGGCCACUGUUGUUGGAACAAGCUACACAGAAAAAUGCACGCAUAGCAGCCGAGAAGCAUUACUCUGAUAUUCUCCGAGAGAUGGGACUAUGUGAAGAGUUUGUUUCAAAGAAAGGUGAAACAGCUACAGAGAUGCUUUUGCAGGACCAUUCCAGUGGAGGCUCUGACAUUUUGACAGCAGACGGCGAAAGUGAUCAUGAAAAUGAAGCGGGAGAUAGAGAAUCUGAGAGAGAAUGGGAGAGGUCACAACUCCAUUCUGCCCAGUCCUGUGGAGAGGAGGAGGAGGAUGAUGAGGAGAAUGUGGAAGCCUCUGAAGAGGAGGUGGACAUGGAGACUCAGCCAGAUCACGAUGGCCAGGAUGCUCCUGAGUAUGACAGUGAAAACAAUGAACAAAGUGCCACAGAAAAAUCCAGUGAUGAUGAAGGCUAAUUGAAAUACAUGGCUGCUUCCAUGUUGCGUG